AUGUCCCCUCCUCCGGCCGCGACUGCCCUGAGCAAGUCCCAAGGCAAAAAGCGUCAAGUCGACGCGGUCGGCGAUAGAGCUACUUCCUCACCGAAACCUACGAUGCAGACACGCCAAAAGCGUGUUCUUCCCUCCCGAACUCGUCGAGGUGGGCUUGGCAUUGGCAGUACGAAUGUGGACCAGAUGAUCCUGGACGCGCAGCUACGGAGAUUCGAAGAUAAACCACUCAUUCCCGCCGAAACCAAGUUCGUGUUCACCACCGACUCUUCACUGGUGCCCUCGUCAUCUACGUCCGACACCUUCAAGGUUGAGCUCAAUACCACCGCAUACGGCCGUUACUUCGAUAGGCCAGAGGUUAUUGCAGCUUGUAGGGCUCAGGAGACCAUACAGGUCCCCCACUACAUCAAUCUAUCCGACGAUGCAGCAGUAGGCGGCCGCUUUCGACCAAGAGGAUCACAGGAGGAAACAGUGGACACUUCCGACUCUGUUUAUGAAAAACGACACCGGAAAUACGAGGCAUUCGAGAAACGCCAACGGCUUCGCGAAAAAGAGAAACUCAAGCACGAACACUACAAACUCAAGGAACGCAUCGACCAACUCCGCAACAUGGAGAUUUCCGCCUUCCUUGCCCUCCCGGCCUCUUCUUUUUCCGCCCCCCCGCCUCGAUACGAUGAAUUAUCUGAGGAACUCAGCAGCGCUGCUGGAUAUCCGCAUAGCAUUGCCAGUAUCCAAGAAGGCGAACGGCGACGGAGGGAAAUGCUUCAGAUUGCAGAGGGUCUCGAGGAGCGCUAUCGAAUCUUACUACCCCCGGAUCGUCCUCGUGCCGCGGAGAAAAAAAUCAGCGUGGCUAAGGAUGUAUCUACACCUACGACUCCCAGCGUGGACCAACAGCAGACUUUCUCGUCGGAGCGGCCGGAAAAGAAGCAGCAGAGUCGGGAUGAUGCGAAGAGGCAACAAGUGAUUAAACAGGAUUCAGUGAACGGCAGCAAGUUCGUCAAGCGAACUGAGAAGAUAACAUUGGAUGAAGAGGAACCUGUUUCGCCUGCGCGCAAACCGCAGAAGUCGAGACAGCGAGCACAGGGGCCGAAGAGAAAUCACCCACCUGAUACGGCUGCUGAUGCGGCUGCGUCCCUUGUCAAUGCGAUCAAUCGCCAGUUUGGACAUCCUCCGGGGCGCGUGAAACAGCGGUCCCUGGAUGCAACGUCGGUGGGCACACCGGAUGCGGGCUCCAUUGUGGGGAAUGAACCACAGGACGCAGCUCCCCGCGUAGGCGACGGUGAAACCGAGUACGAAUCGGAAGAAGCAUUGUACGGGGACGGGAAGGCAAACGGCGUCAUGCUAACGAUCAAAGUGCCUGCUAAGGAGUCUUCCGGCUCCGACCGCACCACACCUGCACCGGCAUCCGCUGGUCCAGCUUCCACGACUAGAAGGCGAAGGCAGGCCCCUAUGUCUGCUCCUGUGCGGAGCCCCUAUAGCCCCGCAAUGAAACGGAACAUGACCAACCAUCCGAGAGUCCUUCAGGUCUUAGCAGGCAAGGCCAUCAGAGGGGCGAAUGGUCGCUUCCUUUCGGCCGCAGAAAUGGCGGAAUUGGAUAACAAGGAAGCAGAAGACAUUCCGUUGGAGACUAUCUCUGCGCCGCAACCGCGCAAGAAACGUCGCGCAAGCCAUAUUUCCCUGUCCGAAAAUCGCACAGCUUCAAUCAUUUCUGGUGCAGAGGAGUCUAUAUCCGUGGGCACUCGCGCUCGGAAUCGCGCAGCUGGACCCGGCUGCCUAGUCCUCGCGGCCAUGCGCAAGUCGGCGGCAGCUAAAGAGCGACAGGGAGGUCGCAACGCAUUCGGGGCAAGGAUACCAUCCGGCGUCGACAAAAUCCACGAAUUCGCACUUCCAUACUGGGUACGGUAUCCCGAUGGCGAGGAAGAUGAACUAGAACCCGAUUCUGAAAGCCCUAAAGCGAUGGAAAUCGAUGACACUGCACCCGGUGACUCAGCCAGUACUGGUCGAGCAACACCGGAAGCUCCGUUAGGCCACGCUAGGAUGAAUGAUUACGAGGAGGCCAACGCUAAGGGCAAUAUCUCAAUGCCCUCGAUGACCCCAGGACGUGAUGAGGGAAAUCCGCAAGUUCAAGGCCCAGUGCCGGGGCACUCCAUGAGCGAGGUACGAGGUCCUGAGCCCGAAGUUGAGUCCAUGACAUUGUCAGUGGGCGAGUGA